AUGAUAUUGAUUUAAAUUGGAUAUAAAAUUACAAUAUUGCAAGUUUCAAUUUUAGUAUUACAGAUAUUACUUUAACAAGUUAGUAUAUAAUAACUAAUCUUAGACUUUGCAAUCAAUCUAUAUUGUUAAUAUGAGAGAAAUAAUAGAUUCAGAGUUAGGUGGUUUACUUUUCAUGAUUAAUGAAUAUAAGUUAUCAGUUAGUUUAAUUUGAUUCCACCUCAGAAUCUUAGUUAUUAAUAUGCUAAUGCUCAUUGUGAUAAAUACUUCGCAACAAUUACAAGUUUUAGUGCCACAGGACCAAUAGAUAUUUAAUUAUAAGUAACACUUAGUUUAAUAUAAUCGAUUUAUUUCACACCUACCAAUAUCGUUUCUGUUUAUAUUCCUUAUGUUUAAGGAAAAUCAGAAAUGUGAAAUCUAUUGGAUUUUAAUUGAUUUUGGGAAUUGAUGAAGUAUUUGCACAACCUUAAACUAUUUUCUCAAAUUAAAACUAUGAUUCUUAAGUAUAUGAUUCAAAUCAACCAGAUCGAGUAGAAGAUUUACCUCGUGCAAUGUUCUCAAUAGAAUUUACUGCUGAUUCAGAUGUUUAUACAUCGAAGUAAAUAUUCAUUAAUUUGACAUUGCAUAAUUUUUUUGUAUUUUAUCAAGAGAGUUAUUAAAAUGAAAUCUUUAUUUAAUCUUUUUAUUGA